CCGGAGUCGGUGCCGUCAGCGUCGGUCGUGCGUGGAGAGGGGGUCGAACGAGACGAGGUGCCGCGUGCCGCGCUGCUGGACUGUCUCAGACUGCCUGCGUCCCUCGCUGAGGGCUGGACGUGCACUGGUGAUUCAAGUUUUUACUGCUACUACCAUCGCUGCCGCCGUUGCUCCUGCACCGCCGUCGUGCCGUCUCAUGAUCGUAAGCGGCCGCUGCCUUCGGUAGCGCGCAUGAGACUAUGAAGCGUCCCGCUGUCGAGGACUUCUUUCCCACGGUUCAGCCGCAGACCUUAGCUCUGAUUGGUCCAGAUCUAGCCGGACUUUACCACUACACCGCCCUGAUGCAGCGUGGUUCGGAGGAGCUGAUGACCGCUGCUGCCGUACCGACCAACGGUGCCAUGACACUCACGGCGGACAACAACAAUGACGCCAAGAAGGUGAAGCUGGACAGCAAGCCCAGCCGCGUGGUGCACAUCCGCAACAUCCCGACCGAUGUCAGCGAGACGGAGGUCAUCCACCUCGGCAUCCCCUUCGGCAAGGUCACCAACGUGCUCGUCCUCAAGGGCAAAAACCAGGCGUUCCUCGAGAUGGCGGACGAGGUGGCCGCCACUCAGAUGGUGGCCUACUUCGCCAACGGUACCGCCCAGCUGCGCGGCCGCUCCGUCUACGUCCAGUUCUCCAACCACAAGGAGCUGAAGACGGACCAGACGCACUCGAAUGCUGUGAGUGGACUGCCCGGCUGGCCGGGAUUCCACGCGGCGCCGCCGCUGCUGGCGCACUACCUGGUGCCUAACGCGUCAGCCCAGGCGGCCCUGCAGGCGGCGCAGUCUAUGACGGGCGGUGACACCCAGGGUGGACCCAACACGGUGCUGCGGGUCAUCAUCGAGCACAUGGUCUACCCGGUCACACUAGAUGUGCUUCAACAGAUUUUCUCCCGCGUCGGCAAGGUGCUGAAGAUCGUCACCUUCACGAAGAACAGCUCGUUCCAGGCACUGAUCCAGUACCCGGACGUGGUGACCGCGCAGGCGGCCAAACUGCAACUGGACGGCCAAAACAUCUACAACUCGUGCUGCACGCUCCGCAUCGAGUACUCUAAACUCACCAGCCUCAACGUCAAGUACAACAACGACAAAUCGCGCGACUACACCAAUCCCAGCCUGCCCACAGGUGACCCCACGCUCGAUUCGGCUGGCUUUAUGCUGGGAGGCGGGUCUCCCGGCAUGCUGUCGCCAUUCGGCCUGCACGGCCUGACGCCGUCGCUGGCCGGCUUCGCGGGCAUGGGCGGAAUGGGAGGCAUGCCCGGAAUGGGCGGCGGAAUGGGAGGAGGCAUGGGCGGAGUACCGUUCGGCGGUCUGAUGCCCGGAAACCUGAGUGGAGCCGGUAUCGGCAUGGGCCGUCUGCAGGGUAAUCCGCUCACCGGCGGAACCGUGCUGCUCGUCUCCAACCUGGAUGAGGAGAUGGCCUCUCCUGAAGCUCUCUUCACUCUCUUCGGCGUUUACGGUGACGUAACUCGCGUGAAGAUCCUCUUCAACAAGAAGGACAACGCCCUGGUACAAAUGGCCGAGCCGCACCAGGCCAACCUUGCGCUCAGUCACCUGGACAAGGUGAAGGUGUGGGGCCGCCAGAUCCGGGUGAUGCCCAGCAAACACCAGGUGGUGCAGAUGCCCAAGGAGGGCCAGCCGGACGCCGGCCUCACCAAGGACUUCACCAACUCGCCCCUGCACCGCUUCAAGAAGCCGGGCAGCAAGAACUACCAGAACAUCUACCCGCCGUCGGCGACGCUGCACCUCUCCAACAUCCCGCCGCACGUCACCGAGCAGGACAUCCGGCAGGCCUUCGAGGUGGCCGGCUUCGACGUCAAAAACUUCAAGUUCUUCCCGAAGCGUGACGCCAUUGAGGGCGACAACGGCCAGCGGCGGGACCACCGGAUGGCGCUCGUGCAGCUGAGCAACGUCGAGGAUGCCGUCAUGGCUCUCAUUAAAAUGCACAACUACCAGCUCAGUGACGCUAAUCACCUCAGGGUCUCCUUCUCAAAGUCAACGAUCUAGGCCGCGCCACGGUGACUGACGGCCAACGACAGAGCGUGUGUCACAACGGCGCGACGGUGGCGCCACUGGCGGCCGGCCGCGGAAGCUCCGCGCUUCAGAGACGUCCGCCGCCGCGGAGACUAUUUUUGCAUUUGCUUACAUUAGAUAGUGUAUAGUUGCGUUCGGCUGGCCGCGCCGCCGGUGUGGGCUGGUGCCGGCCGGUAUUGUAGCUGUGGACCCGUCACCAGGAGGACGGCCGCCGAGCGGGCCGGCCGCGCCGCCACGGACCGGACUGCGGCCGCGGCCGGCCCGCGGCGCUGGCGCACAGACGCGCGCGCCACCGAGUUCAGAGGAGACAACGUUAAGAAGACGUGUAGUGUACCAUUCCUGUAACAGCGAACAAAAUUUGUGAAGGCAUUGUGUUGUUAAUUUAUUGGUGUGUGGGUGUCGGCGAAGGCGCGCGCGCGCGCGCGGCGCCGGCGGGAGGCCGCCGGUGGCCCGCGCGCCGCCCCGCCAGGGAACUACAAGGGAACAAAUCACAACGGGGGCGUGGCGGCCGCGACGCACCCGCCAACAGUAUUGUGACAGCUUUAAGGCCCGCCCGUCAAAUUGGUUUGGGCUGUGACAAUCCUCUAAAACCAGCACAAACAACAUCUUCACCCGCCCGCUCGGAUAGUUGGCCGCCCGGCCGCUGGGCGGCGCGCGCGUCGCCCCGGCGGCCGGGCGUGAACAUAUCAACUCCCAAACCUGCUAUUUUUGUACCAUCUCGGUGCCUUUUGGCUAGCGAGCUCGGGAGCGGACGCGGCUCCCGCUCUCCAGUACCCUUGUUCUCUCUCUAAACCCUGUGCAUAAAUAUACAUAGCUGUCUCCUUUAGAGUUGGUAGUAGCUGUUUGUGUCUGGAUUUUUUACUCGUAGAGGUCGCCGGCGGCCGGCGCGACGCCGUUUGUAUUGGAUUUGUAUUGCUGGUCGUAUGGUGUGUGUGUCGCUGUUGUCAGGACGCGCGGCGGUGUGUGUAUGUGUGUGUGGUGGUGACGUCACCACCGGGGUGGGUGGGCGUGUGUGUGACGUCACACGGGGCAGCUGUUGAGUUGUUGGACGAGCCAGGGACGCCGCGCGAGAACGCGCGUCGCUGGCGCCCGAGAGCCAUUUUUGUAAUAAAAGCCGGUAGCGCCGAGGUUGUUGGCCGGCCCGACUGGUGUCCGCCGCUGUCCGUCGUCUGAGCUGUCCGCUGUCCGCUGUCCGUUCGCUCCCUGUCCGCCUGGGCCGCCUCUCCGGCCGCUGCCACCCAUGACCGCUGCGCGCGCCGCUCGUCGCUCGUUGCUCGACCGUCCGUCUGUCUGUCGUCUGCCUCACCUGUGCUCUGUACGCGCCGCUCGCAUCUGACCCCUCUCGCGCGCGCGCGGUGUGUUAUUCCAGUAAUUAAACCUCCUCGACGUUGAA